AUAUGUUAUCCAGAAAUAAACACCCUUCCCCCUUCCUGGAGACUGGCCCAAGGAGGGGCCUGGGCAUAUAUAGGGAGCCACCGUGGGAAGGCCUGGCCACAGAGGCUUCGGAAAGAGAAGGCAGGACCAUGGCAUCCGCAGCAACAGAGGCGGAGAAAGGGUCUCCGGUUGUGGUGGGCCUGCUGGUGGUGGGCAACAUCAUUAUUCUGUACCUGGUGCUCAUGCUCAUCGUCUACAUCUUUGAGUGCGCCUCUUGCAUCACGUCCUACACUCAUCGCGACUAUAUGGUGUCCAACCCAUCCCUGAUUACCAAGCAGAUGCUGACCUUCUACAGUGCAGACACAGACCAGGGCCAGGAACUGACUCGCCUCUGGGACCGUGUCAUGAUUGAGCAAGAGUGCUGUGGCACAUCCGGGCCCAUGGACUGGGUGAACUUCACAUCAGCCUUCCGGGCAGCCACCCCGGAGGUGGUGUUCCCCUGGCCCCCACUGUGCUGUCGGCGGACUGGCAACUUCAUCCCCCUCAGUGCAGAAGGCUGCCGCCUGGGCCACACAGACUACCUGUUCACCAAGGUGUGUCCCCUCCCUGCCGCUCCCCUGUCUGUGCAUCGGUCCGGCCCCCCUGGUUCUUCUGUCUCGUCCUGCCUCCCACUUUCUUCUCCUCCUCCCCUCUGGGCUUCUUUCUUUCUCUCCCGUCUCUCCGGCUCUCUCAACUCUCUUGCCACCUGUCCCUGCUCCCCCCGCAAGUCAGUGGGAGGCCCAGGGUCUGAGCUGGCACCUGCCACUUUUCUCAGGUCAUCUGGGAAGGAGAGCAACAGGAAUCACAGCGGUAGCACCACAACCAUAGUAACCACGCGCAUUGAGCCCUUACGUGGUGCCCGGCACUCUUCUAAGGGCUUUAAGUCUUUGUCUUAUUUAAUUCCCACCACGGCCUGUGAGGUGCAAUAUGAUUAAUGAGCCCAUUUUAAGGAUGAUGAAACUGAGUUCACUGUCUAGUGAGCGAUGGAGCUGGGACUGGAUUUCAGGAGCUUUAACCAGUGAGUGCAGAGGCAGAGAGAGAAACCAGAGGAGGUUAGACUAGGAGGAGAACCAGUUCCAACAGUCCCUCUGGCUGCUUUCGGCUGCCUAGGGGCCCUUCAGCCACACGUCUUAGAUCAGGUGUCACGGAGAGGGGACCUGCGCCGACCACGACGGCUAUCAGAGCCCGAUGGCCAUUUCUGAAGCCCAGCUCGGUGCAGAGUGCACACAUGCGUCAUUUCGUGGACUCCCCACGACCACUUUCAGAGGCCAGUGCUGUCAAGAUUGUCACCUCACAGAUGGGCAAACUGAGGCUCAGAGAGCCAGAAUCAUUCCCAGGCCCUAACAGCUAACAAAUGGCGGAGAUGGCCCCCAACUCAGUCCUGCCUGACUCCAGGACGCGCACCCUCAACCUUAGUUUGUGGGUGCUUCCAAGUCGAGGCAGGGGUCUACCUGAAGGUGACUCUGUUGUGAGGCUCAGGCCCCACUUGGCCUCCUUCCUAAAUGGGGAUGUAUCAAAACUGCACCGCACCUAAAGGCAGAUUUCAAACCCUUGGAACUUGUGGGCAGCAUGGAAAGCCAGCUCUGCACAAAAUUGCCCUCAGACUGUCAUAGCCACCGCCAGGGUAAUACCUACUUGCGUGGGGCCUGGGUCCAACAUCACACCCCUGGCUCCCCAAAAACCAUUCUGGGAGGUAGACACUGCCACAAUCCCCAUUGCAUGGCUGAGGGGAAGGAAGUGACCUUCCAAAGGGCACGCAGUGACUCUCCCUCAGUGCUAGCCCUACUGGGCAUUUCCUCAAACGCCCAUUCCCCCCCCCACCCAGGGCUGCUUCGAGCACAUCGGCCAUGCCAUCGACAGCUACACGUGGGGUAUCUCGUGGUUUGGGUUUGCCAUCCUGAUG